AUGCUAAUCGUUCUAUCAAAUCCCACCUUUUUCAGAAACAACGGAUACCACGAACCCUGCAUGCACGAAGGCUUGAAUACUCCGUUAUCGGGCUAUUUCAAGAAGCCAGACUACGGUUUCUUUGAUUACUUGCGGGACCACCCUGCAAUACAAUCUAUGUUCAUUUCUUCUAUGAAGGCUCAAGUUCGAUCGACACAUCUAUCUUCGUCGGUGUAUCCGUAUGACCAGAAGUUGUCUGCAUCGCGAGAAAGUGAUGAGAUAUCAGUUGGGAUUGUGGAUAUUGGUGGAAGCCAGGGGGAGCUGUUGCAAGAGAUUAAAGCUUCUUGCCCAGGGAUCAAUGGUCGUAUGAUCGUACAGAAUCGAGUGGAAACUUUUGAUUCAAUGGCUACGAAGCCGGAUGGAAUCGAGCUAAUGGCUCAUGAUAUUCUUACCGAGCAACCUGUCAAGGGAGCCCGAGUGUACCAUAUGAAACGAAUUCUCCACGACUGGGCUGAUGAUAAGUGCCGCAUAAUUCUUAAACAUACCGUUUCGGCUAUGGACCGAGACUGGUCUAUUCUUCUGAUAAUGGACGCGGUCCUGCCAAUGAGAAAUGCUUCUUUUUCGCAGGCAAUGGGAGACCACUCCAUGUUGACCUUCGGAGGUAAAGUGCGGAGUGAAAAACAGUGGAAAGAGCUGUUGGCGUCUGUGGGGUUGGAGAUUGUGAAGAUAUAUGGCGGGCCAGAGCCGGAGGCUGUGUUGGAAUGUAGGAAGGUGUAA